AUUAAUUUCAAUAAAUUCAUUUCAAUGAUUCGGCGAAUAUUCACUAGCAAUACAUUCAAAAGUUUGCAACAGAUCAGAAAAGGUUUAAUUAGAAAUUACUCUGUAAAAAUGUCAGAUAGCGAGCGUAAGCACUUCAUCUUACCUAAUUCGCAGCCUAUAGUAAACUUAGAAUGCAUGAAAGCAUUCCAAAAGUUGACAGAGACCGAGAAAAGUUAUGCACAUUAUUUUUCCAAAGCUAGCUGGUAUGGAGGUCUUGUUGCUUUAAUUCAAUCAUCGCCAGAAGCACCUUUGAUAUUCUCACUAUUCAAUGGAAUAUUCACAGCUGAAUCUGUUGAUUCUUUGAGAACAUCUUGUAAGGGAAUUGUCUCGGAUGAAGAGUUUACUUCAUUUUUGGUUUAUUGCUGUGGCUUUUUGUCAAAUGCAGGAAAUUACAAAGGUUUUGGUGACAGUAAGAUCUUGCCUGGAAUUGAACAGCCAAAAUUGGAAUUGAUUGUUAAAAAUUCUCAGUUCUUUAAACAAAAUUCAUCAAAAGUUGAGGAAUUGUGGAAUAAAGUAAAAGAACCAAUUUUCUCGCUUACUGAUGACAACAAGUCUCUUGGAUUAAAAGGUCAUGGAAUAACGACAUACUUUUCAAGCAAUUGCACAAAGGAGGAUGCAGAAAUUGUAGGAGAAUGGAUGAAGACAAAGAAAUUUGAAGCAUAUAUCUGCCGUACAUUCAAGACUGUUGAUGAAAGUGGAAAAGCUCAUUUUGAAAUCCGUUUAGCAUCAUCAGAAAUUGGCGAAAAAGAAGGUAUUACAUUAGCAGAAGAAGAAUGGAAUGGAUCAUUCUUUAAAAUUACUCGAGGUGAUUAUUCAGCACUUCUCGAUAAAGUUGCAAAUGAAUUGAAACUUGCAAAUAACUUUGCGGCUAAUCCAAAUCAAAAGAACAUGAUUGAUGAAUAUGUCAAGUCAUUCCAACAAGGAAGCUUAGAUGCACAUAAGGAAGGUUCACGUUAUUGGAUUAAAGAUAUCGGUCCAGUUGUUGAAACUUAUAUUGGUUUUAUUGAGACAUAUAGAGAUCCCGUUGGUGCACGUGGUGAAUUUGAAGGAUUUGUAGCUUGUGUUAAUAAGGAAAUGUCUCUUAAAUUCCAAACAUUGGUAAAUCAAGCUGUUGAAUAUAUCAAGUUACUCCCUUGGCCAGCAACAUAUGAAAAAGAUAGUUACUUGAAGCCUGACUUUACAUCCUUAGAUGUGCUUACAUUCGCAGGCAGCGGAGUUCCAGCUGGCAUUAACAUACCUAAUUAUGAUGAGAUUAGACAGUCUGAAGGAUUUAAAAAUGUUUCCCUUGGUAAUGUUCUAGCUUCUGUGAAUAAAACAGAUCCAAUUCCAUUUUUGACUGAAAAAGAUCAAGCUUUAAUGAAACAAUACAAAGCAACAUCAUUUGAGGUUCAAGUUGGUUUACAUGAAUUGCUUGGACAUGGAUCUGGAAAAUUAUUCAGAAUUGAGGAAGAUGGAUCUUUCAAUUUUGACAAGGAAAAUGUCAUCAAUCCAUUAACAAAAGGUCCAAUAACUUCAUGGUAUGAACCAGGAGAAACUUAUGACUCAAAAUUUAAAGCAAUAGGAUCAAGUUAUGAAGAAUGUCGUGCAGAAGCUGUUGGCUUAUAUUUGUCAUUAAACCGAGAAAUCCUUAGUGUCUUUGGACAUACUGAUAAGGCUGAACAAGAUAAUAUCAUUUAUAUCAAUUGGUUACUACUUUUAUACAACGGCGGUGGAAUUGCUACUGAAAUGUGGAAUCCAACAACAAAACAAUGGGGUCAGGCUCAUUCACAAGCACGUUUCGUCAUCAUGAAAGUAAUGCUUGAAGCUGGAAUUCUUGAAAUUAAGGAAACUGUCCCAGGCAAAGAUUUAUCAAUUACACUUCAUCGUGAUAAAAUUGAGACUGUUGGUCGUGAUGCAAUUGCAAACUUUUUAUUGAAACUUCAAGUUUACAAAUCAACAGGUGAUUUUGAAUGCGCACAUGCCAUGUACGAGAAAUAUUCUAAAGUUGAUGAGGACGGUCCACAUCCAUUUGCAAAAUGGCGUGAAAUUGUAUUAUUGAACAAGAAGCCAAGAUUAAUUCUUGUCCAAGCAAAUACUGAAUUUGAUGCUGAUAAUAAAGUUCAAUUGAAGACAUAUGAUGCCAAUUUCGAUGGAUAUAUUCAGUCAUGGAGUGAGCGCUAUAGUGACUCAUCGGAAAUUCGCAGCAUUUUAGAAAACAUUUAUGAAGCUGAUAAGCAUCACUUUAUGUAAAUUGAUGCUGCUGCUUUACUGGCCAAUUUUUGCUUUAAUAUUUUUUCCAAGUUUAAAAGAUUUAUUCAUACUAAAUAACAGAUAAAUAAAGUGUAAAACACUUUGUCGGAAAAUUGAAAAAAAGAGGGACUUUCACUUUGAUUUUGGGACUUUUUCGAAUUACGAACUCAAGUGGAUUUUUUCUUGUUUAGUCUUAACAGCAGACAUAUCCUUCCAUAGCGAUACCAAAACUAUAAAGUUAAAAUCUUUGUGGAAUAUCAAAAUGAAGCUCUCAUAUAUCACUAUUAGGAACUGAAAACCAUUUUUCAAUAUCUUUAAUAAUCUUAAGGAACUUUAAAUUUAAAGAUGACAUGAAAAAAUCAGAAUUUUCACUUAUUUUCAACUUCAAACAGCCAUAGAAUCGCAGAAACAGCACCAAACGACUUGAAAUUUGGAAUAGAAGUCUAUUAUUAUGUCCUUUACAAGAAAAAAUCCUCCUGAGUUCGUAAUUUGAAAAAGUCCUAAAAUCAAAGUAAAUCCCUUUUUUCAAUUUUGUCCCAUAGUGUAAUG